AUGGAUGAAAGUGAGGCAGAAGAUGGGGAACAAGAAGCAGAAGUCGAAGAUUCUGAUGAUGAAGACAUGGACCACAACGCUGAGCACGAUGACCUUCUGGAGACGGAAGACAGUGAGGAGGAACGUGAUGAACAAGAACCAGAGGAGCGCGAGUCGGAUGAUGAAGAGUUGGAUCGCAACCAUAUCCCUGAGGACGCUGCGCAGAGAGAAGAGAGAAGGCGACGUGCGAUUCACAUUGAAGAAGAGAUCCGUGUUACUGAACAGGCAGCUCGCGAUCUUGAAGAAAUCUUGCAUCAGUUCGAGAACGAGCCCCUCUGCCCACCACGGCGUUUCAACCAAGGGCAAAUCACUAAG